CUCAAUGGAAGAAGCAAGCUCAGCCUACGAAGAACAAGUUAUGGUGGAGGAAGGCUAUGCGAGUGAGGGUGUGGGAGAUGAGAUGCCGAGAGUUGAGGUUAGGGAGAAUUAUGAGGUUAAGGUUAAAGAAAUGUUGCAUAAGCUUACUUCUAGUGAGAUUAAACUAUGCUCCGCCGCGACGAAAGAGUUUGUUAAGUUGCUGAAAGGAGGUAAUGGAGGUGAGUUGCUGUGUUAUUAUGUGCGAAAUUCAGCUCAGUGCUCGGAGCUUUUGGGGGCUUGGAGUCUCCGGCGGGGGAAGGCCGGGUUGUUUUAUAUAUUUAAGCUGGUUACAGCCUUUUUGAGUCAUCCUGAUGGGGUGUAUGAGCCGAAUGACAUGGGGAGGCUGGCGGUGAGUAGGGUGUUGGAUAAGUUUGCGAGGUUGAUUAUUGACCAGCAGCUGGGAGAUGUGCAUAAGGAGUUGAAGAGUAGUGAAGGGAAGCGGCAGAAGGCGGCGCUUUUGCUUUUGGCUGCGAUUGUGAGGAGGGGGUCGGUUCUGGCGUCGGAGGUGGAGAAGAAGUUUGAUUUUAAGUUGCAGGGGUUUUGCAAGUUGGGUGUGUGUAAAAUGAGGGAGAAUGAGAAGAAGAUGAAGCUGUCGUUGAGGAAGUCGUUUGUUGCAUUUGCAAUGUCGUUUCUGGAGGUGGGGGCGCCGGGGUUGUUGAGGUCAGUUAUACGGCAGAAGGAAAUGUAUUCUUGUGUCCUUCGCUGGCUUGAGAAUGAUGAUGAGGAGACAGUUAUAUAUAUUCUGUCCACAUUGCAAAACAAGAUACUUGUUGAGGGUUCGUCGGUUCCCCCUGCUCUUCGGAGUGUCCUGUUUGGGAGUAAUACUUUAGAACAAUUAGCCAAUAUUUCUGGAAGGGACAAUGGUGGGCCGUCUGCAGAAUUGGCAUACAGGGUCUUACUUGUGGUUUGCACUGAUCCAUCUAAUGGCCUGAUGGCAGAUUCAAAGAGAAACCUAAAGGGAAAUUUAAAGCGGCAAAUGGACCUAAUGAAGAAGCUUAGGGCGACAGAGGUUAGCUAUCACAGGGAUUUGCUCUUGGCUGUUGUUAGCAGGAGACCUUAUCUUGGUGCAGCAUACAUGGAAGAGUUCCCGUACAAUCUUGAAGAUUAUUCGUCACCCAAAUGGUUUUCUGUUGUUACUCUAGCAGCAAACUUGGUUUCCUCUGUGGGUAGCGGGCUUUCAGCCUUGGACAAUGUGGAUGUGCAGGAUGUCACGAAAUGCUUGUAUCCUCGCCAGUUCAGCCGCACCUCAAUCAAUAAAGGGCUGCUUCACUCUGAUUUUCUAGUAAAGCAGGGGACGUUAAGGCAUCUUUUAGAAGCACUCAAGUUGUUAGAUUCUUUCCUUGGUUUCUUAAAUCGUAGAGACCGACGUGUUUCAGAAUCUCUCAAGCAAGGAUUUCAAAACGAAGUCCGAAGCUUGCUCCCAGAUCCUGAACUUUUAAAGACUGUACUCUCUUCUAUGAGUAGCAACCCGAGAAAGAGGACAUCGGAUCUGGAGAAGUUCCCAGAACAUAGCCCAAAGAAUGUGAAGAAGUUGAAAAAGAAUUAUGGGAACAAGGACACAGAUAUUGUUGUAGGUGGAAUAAGUUUUGGUCCAGAUAAUUCUGAGUCCGAAAAUGAAAAUACUCUUGUGAAUAUUAUGGCAGAUCUUUGGGGUUUCAAUCUAGGCUCCACACCUAUUACUGCACUCAAGGAUGCAGAGUUAUACUUCUACUGUAGGGUUCUUGAUGCUUUCAAAAUAUAUCUUCGGAUAAUGCCUACUGGCUUGGAGGGCUCAUUUGAGUUCCUUAUGAAUCUCCUAAGCAGUGCUUUAGCAUUACAACAUAAUCUACAGGGCUCUCUUUUGUCUUUGCUAAUAGAAUAUGUUGGAUGGUCUCCAAGGAAUAAAACAACAAGCAAGAUUCCACCCAUGAUGUACAAACAUCUACAGACAUUAAUGAAGUUACUGAUUUUUUCACCACUCAGUGACAUAAAAGAUCAAGCAUACUGUCUCGCACAAGCAGCUUUGUUAAGUACUGGCGCUUUUGACAGAAACCAACAUGACGUUGCUUCAUGGUUCUUGUUUAUACCGGGUUUUGAUAGAGGACAGUCUUCGAUAGAAGUCCUGGGUUCGGGAGUAUUAGAAAGCUUGUCUAAUGCUGUCAUCUCAUUCUUAUGUGAUGCUGUUUCCACGACAGGGAAGAAUUUUUUCAAGAACUGGGAUAUUAUUGUUAAGCGUGGUACCUACCAUCUGGAAACUGUUAAAGAUGUGUCGCCUCAGGCCCCUCUAAUCUUUCGGAUACUGCAGAAUUGUCUAAGGUUGCUUGAUUCUGGGUCUGGAACUUUUACAUUACCUGAGAAGACAAUGAUAUCUACCUAUGUAUGCAAUACACUGAAAUAUAUCUUGAAAACUCAGGUUGAUGCAUGGUUUCUAUCCUCUAUGAUUUGCUCACUCUUGGUUGAGAGACUUGGUGGCUGUUGCACCACUAAUGAGUUUAGGGACAACUGUGAGUGGAGGCCCUUGAACAGUUUAUUAUUGUUUUCACAGAGUAGUUCUGACAGUAAAAUUCGUUGCAUUCCCUCUAUUGGCAAUAAGACUAAGCCUUCUGGUAGUUCUUUUGAACUUACCCUAGAGGAUGUUGAAAGAGUUGCGAAGAGUGGGAGUGAUGGUGAAAUAGCUGGAAUAACCAAAGCCUUUUUUUCCUCAAUUAUCUGCACUACACCCAAUGAAAUUGUAGUAAAUUUUCCAUCAGUCAUGGCAAUUUCACAAUGCCUUCUUGGUCUUCCACCCGCUCUCUUUUCAUCAAUUUUCUUUCUUGAACAAACCCUUCUCCCCAGUGUUUCUAAGUUGUGGCCUGGAGUUUUUUGUCGUGGUCUUAGUAUGGCUCUAACCAAUAUCUGUUGCAAAGGAGGAAUAGAAAUUUCCUGUGGAUCUCCUCAUCAACCUAAAGCGACAUAUGACCAAAAUUUUGAUGUAAAUGAAGCUGCAGCUACUGCCUUCAGUUUAUUUUUGAUGAAGGCACCUUUCCAUGUUUUGUUUCCUGCAAUCAUGUGCAUUGAUGGUCCUUUUACAUCAGAGCCCUCAAAGAUACAAUACCUUCUUCUGGCUAAACUAUCUGACUUUGCAACUGAUUACCACCUGAUUUCCUAUUUGCGGCUUGUGCUAUUUUGGCUUUAUCAGAUAAGGUCAUCCUGUAAAGUUGAAGAGCUAGUGGUUUUCGUACAGCUUUCUGAGAUUUGCUCAGUUUUGGUGGAGAACUUAUUAUCGAAACUAUUGGUUCUGAAGGCUGAUACUGAUAGCUCUGCUACCUCUGUUCUAAAUCUAUCAAGUCAUGAUAUUCAAACGGUGGCUGAAACUAUCUUCUUUCAUCCUGCCACGGUGGCAUCAUUAUCCAGCCCUCUGGAGUGUACAAAAAACUUGUCAGAGGGUGACCUACCAGACAACGUUGAUGCUCUCAUCAAUUUAUCCAGGGGUAAAGUUCAUAAAUUAGAUCAGCAUGCCUUGGGUAUAUUGGCAACAACUUGCAAGUACCUGUUUUCUCUGUGUGACCACCAAUUUACACCUGAAGUAGAAGACGAGGCUGGUACAAAGUUUGUGAAAGCUUUCAAAAUCUUGGUUAAUAAGCUCUUUCAGGAUUUGAAGGUCAAAUUUGAUCACAGCACUAGAAGUAAUAAUUGUAUGGCUCUCCUCCCAACAUUUUAUGCUUUACAUGCUUUGAGUGGUUUUAUUUCUCCAUUUGAGCUUCUUGAAUUAGUGCACUGGAUGUUUAGUAGGGUUGAUACGGAUGGCAACCAGAAAUCUACUAUUUGUUUUGGAUCUUGGAUUGCUGGUGGUGCUUUUAGAAAUCUAUCUAAUUAUUUGCAGCAGCCAAAUACAAAGAGAAAAGCAUUUGAUUUGUUUUGGACGAUGGAAGAAAACAAUAUCAACAGUGAUAUUGUUGAAGAAGUCUAUAUUAAGAUAUCAAAGUCAUCCUUGCUUUUGGAAUCAGAAGUUGCUGAUCAGUGCUUGCUGGAAGCUAUGAAUGUGGUGCACAGGCAGAAAUCUAAGCAAAAAUGUACUUUUCAUCCACUAACAAUGGUGAUGUCGAGAGUUAUAGCAACUACUCCAGUAGAAAUGCUUUCCCUUUGCAUUUACAGAACAAGCAAGACGAAAGCUAGAUUGUUGUCUCGUCUUAUUGAUAUGGGCUCUUUGCAUUUGGUCACCUUUGGGCACAUACUGUUUGGUACUCUAGACACUAAAUUUCUACAUAAAGGCAAUGUGAGAUUUGCCCAAGCCCUGUCAGAGGACGACUAUAUGAUGCUUCUGCCUUGCGCUCUGUCCUACUUGAAUUCGGCUUUAAUGAAAUUUGGAAAGCCGUGUUACAUCCAUUUUAGAAAUAUCCUGUCCUUAUAUUCAAAGAUUAUUUUGGAUGGUCUUCUUCAUUGGAAGAUGUUUGUUUCUCGUGAUCUGUUUCAUGAAGAAUUUGGAGAGGUUUUGCCAUCAUCUGCUGAGGAAGUUCUUAACCUUAUUAAUGAUAGUCUUCUUGGCAAAACGAUAUGUAUGCUGCGCUAUCACUUUGCCUGGAAUGAAGAUUCAAUAGAGAGGAAAGACCAAUUAAAGCAUUUUAGGUCUGUUUUCCCACCUUCCACAGGGCAUGAGGAGCUGAUAGACUGGGAUGUUGGUGGAUUGGGUUCUCAUUCUUUUAAUGAAACAUUAAACCUUGUAAAUAAAAUUUAUGCAAAGGUUGCAUUUUGUAGGCUGCUGUUGUUCCCCAAAGACACUCAGAUUCACUCUCGUUCAGCUGAAGCCUGUGGGAACGUGAGAGAUCUUUUUCUGGACGUGGAAUCUAAUGAAGGUAAUUCCUCACAAAUGCAGUUUUUGAAGACUUUGGUGGAUAUGUGGCAAUGCCUUGUUAAAAAGGUCCCUUCAUUCCUUCAUAGCACUGAUAGUUCAUCAUUGUGGAGAUACCUGGAAAUUCUCAUAUUGAAUAUCAUUUUUGAACUGUCUAGAGAGAUGCACGACUGUCUAAUCAGAAUACAGUCAAUCCCCUUCCUAGAGAACUUGAUGAAACUAGCUCUUCUGCAUAGGUUUGAUGAUCCAACAACUUUGCAAAUGCUCCGUCAGCUUCUGACUAUUCUAUCUGGAGGAAAAUUUUCCUCCAUUCCCUAUCUUCAGCUUUUACUGGCACACUCUCAAUUUGUGCCUACCAUUCGUUCACUAUCCAAACCAUCACAUUCAUUCGAUGUUGGCACAUUUUCGAGGCCUAUGGCUAGCAUUCUUAGAUCGCCUGUUUCCCUUACAUCAAAGCAAAAUGUUGAUGAUAAAGAAAGCGAUUUGGAAACAUCUGAGCUCUAUGUAAAACAGUUGGAGGUUAUCAAAUUACUCAGGACACUCCUUGCUUUCAAGGUUCAGCAGGAUGGUUUUGACUCCGGUAAAGAUUUAGGCAUUGAUCUUAGGGAAGUUCAUUUCCUGCUUCUGUCUUCUUAUGGUGCAACACUAAAUGAAAUUGAUGUGGAGAUAUAUAAUCUGAUGCGCACAAUUGAGUCUAUUGAUGGUAUGGAGCAUGUCCGAUUUGCUGGAAUGGAUUACCUUUGGGGAAGUGCAGCGUUGAAGAUAGAAAAGGAAUGUAAUCUGGAGCAGAGUUUGACUAAUGAUACAGUAAAUGAUGCUGAAGCAGUAAAAGAAUACCGCAGAAAUCAACUUAGAGAAAAUCUGGUGAUUGACCCCAAAAUAUGUGCUUUAACGGUGCUAUAUUUCCCCUACCAUAUAGUGGCAUCUGAUGAACUAUUAUCCUUGAAUACGUUACGACCAGAUCUUGUUGGUGAUAUCCCUGUGUUAAAUUCCCUGGAUGUUGCCACUAACAAAGAAAGAUACAAUCCUAUUUUCAUCUUGCGCUUCUCUAUUCAUUGUCUUUUGGAAGGUUAUAUUGAACCCUUGGAGUUUGCUGGUUUAGGCUUGCUUGCUAUUGCCUUUAUGAGUAUUUCAUCACCAAACGAAAAGAUAAGAAGUUUGGGCUAUGAAACUCUUGAAACAUUGCAGGACGCAUUGAAGACAUGUCAAAAGAGGAAGGGUGUCACACAAAUUAAGCUUCUCUUGCUUUAUGUCGAAAAUGGUAUACAGCACGUUGGGCAGAGAAUCACUUCUGUAAAUGCUAUUUUUGCUGCAGAGACAUCCCUCAUAUUAUUAGAUACUUCCCAUGAACAUUAUGCGACUUUGCUUACGCUUUUGAAGAGAUCGUCUGCACUGAACAUGAAGAACAUACCUUUCUUUAGCAAUUUUUUCUGGAGUUCCUCUAUCAACUUCAGAUCAGAAAGAUUAUGGAUACUGCGGCUAUUAUAUGUGGGGCUGAACCUUGAUGAUGAUGCACAUGUUUAUAUCAAGAAUUCAAUUUUUGAGACUCUGUUUAGUUUCUAUGUUUCGCCCCUUUCAGAUAAGGAGUCCAAGGAACUAACACUUCAGGUAGUGAAGAAAUCAGUUAAAUUGCAUAAGUUGGCUCGUCAUCUAGUUGAAAAAUGUGGUCUGAUUCCAUGGUUAUCAUCUCUUCUAUCAAUAUCCAGUGAAAGUCGUCUUGAAGAUGAAACUUUGUGCUUGUUGCAGUUGGGUGUGGUAUCAGAGGUGGUCAAUGAUGUUGUUUCAUCAAGAAACAUCACUGAAUGGUUGCAGAACAAUUCCCUUGAGCAACUUAUGGAGUUCACUUCUCAUCUCUACAAAUUUCUUGCAGCUGAUGAGAAUUUGAUGACAGAUAAUGUUGCAGUCAUCAAUCAGAUUCUUAAAACAAUAAUAUCUACAUUGAAGGUAUCUCAAAAGAGGACGAUUUAUCAGCCACAUUUUGUUGUAUCAUUCGAUGGUUUAUUUAGAAUAUAUAAGGCGGUGAAGGUCUACAAUAAUGGAAGAUCAUGUGCUACUGUAGAAUUUGGUCUUAAAGCCAUUUUGACGAGUGCCCCUUCAUCUUCCAUAUUUUAUGUGAAUGGUGAAAAGCUUUCAAGUUUUAUCACGUGGGCAAUUUCCAGUGCUGUCGAAGCAGACUCUGCCAAUAAAUCUCAUCAAUGUUUCACUACUAUUCCAGAUGAAAAAGAGGUGUAUGAGAAUUCAUUGAUUUCUAAACUAUUGCGUUGGCUAUGUGCAACUGUAAUUCUUGGAAAGUGUGAUUGCACAUCCAGUGACAUGGAUCCGGAAAGUUUAAACAUAAAAAGUUUGCAGUCUUUAGUAUCUUAUGCUAAUAAGGCAUGUGGAGAAAGGGGCAGAGGCAGAUAUGGUUGUGAAGAGAUCUUAGUGUCAGCAAUUCUCUACCUUCACCAGCUCUCUGGAACAAAUUACGAAAUGCUACCAUCUGUCGCUGCUGCACUUAGUCUUCUUUUUUCUAGUGGCUCCACUCCUGCAGGUUUCUUGCUUGAUAAUGAAACUCUCCAAUCACUUUGGCUGAAGAUACCUUGCCCUAAUGAAGCUAAUUCUGCCUGGAGAUGGUCAUUUGACCAGCCCUGGAAGGAUCCGAUGUUGGAAGUCAUUGAUUCCCAGAGGAUGGAGGAACUCCAUGCUUGUGAAUCACUUAUAGUUGUAUUUUCAAAUCUGCUAGGAAAACGAUCAUCAGAAUUUCAGGUUUCAUCAACACAGGAUAUAGAUAGAUUUGGUGUAUUUGAUUGGGAAAAAAGCAUCUUAACAUCUGCUAAUUGCUAGUUGAAUAGAAGUAAAAGAUUCUUUUCAUUCAUUUGGUCCAAUGUAAUAAAUUCACCAAUGACAGUGUACAGCUUAAAAUGUUGUAGCAGACAAUAAGAUUCUAAAUGAAAGGUCAUUUCUUCUCCCU